AUGACGGAGCCUUUUCUGGAUAAAAUAGGACUGCAUCAAGGUUCGGCACUAAGUCCUUUUAUUUUUACAGUCAUUAUGGAAGAGAUUUCUGAAUCUAUCUGGGAGAAGGUACCUUGGUACAUGUUAUUCGCUGACGAUAUCGUGUUGGUUGCAGAAACUAAAGAGGAAUUUAGUAAUAAAUUGGAUGAGUGGAGGAAAGUUCUAAAAGUGGGACAUUGCCGACUGGCAAGCCAGAGGUGUCCAUUGGUGAAGAUGUUGUUACGAGUACGACCAACUACUGAUAUUUGGGAUCGAUCAUUCAGAGUAAUGGGGAGAUUGGCAAAGAUGUCAAUCAUCAAAUACAUGCAGGUUGACUCAGGUGGCGAGCAGCCACCGGGGUGCUAUGUGAUAGAAAGUUUUCAAGCAACUUAA